AUGGAGAUUUACGAAGCCCCUCCGUUCCGGCCCAGAGAUCGCCGGCCCAAUGCCCUCGGGAACUUGCUGGUCCUCCCCGACGAGCUCAUCUGCGCCGUCUUGGAGCUGCUCUCUCCUCGCGACGUCGCUCGCCUCUCCUGCGUUAGCAGUACAAAGGCUCCUGGAAGAAGACGGUGCUGCAUUUGUAUGGAGAAUGUGCCGUAUGAACGCGACAAGGAUGGCAGGAAACCACUGAGUUUUGAUGGAUUCGACUCUUUAUUUUUGUACAGAAGAUUAUACCGGUGUCAUACCACAUUGGAUGGUUUUUCUUUUGACAAUGGGAAUGUGGAAAGAAAGGACAAGAUUACCGUGGAAGAGUUUUCUUGUGACUAUGAUGGGAAGAAACCGGUUUUGCUCGCUGGAUUAGCUGAUGCAUGGCCUGCAAGGCGUACAUGGACACUUGACCACUUAUUGCAGAAUUAUGGAGAUACAGCUUUCAAGAUUUCUCAAAGGAGCUCACGUAAAGUUUCAAUGACAUUCAAGGACUAUGUUUCAUAUAUGAAAGCUCAGCAUGAUGAGGAUCCGCUUUAUAUCUUUGAUCACAAGUUCGGGGAGGUUGAACCUGGCUUGUUGAAAGAUUACAGUGUACCUUAUCUAUUUCAAGAGGACUACUUUGAUGUUUUGGACAAAGAUAAGCGACCUCCAUUUAGAUGGCUCAUUAUUGGUCCGCAGAGGUCUGGUGCUUCUUGGCAUGUUGAUCCAGCUCUGACCAGUGCCUGGAAUACACUUCUAUGUGGUCGUAAAAGGUGGGCCUUGUAUCCUCCAGGAAGAGUACCUAUAGGUGUCACAGUACAUGUAAAUGAAGACGACGGUGAUGUCAAUAUCGAAACUCCAACUUCAUUGCAGUGGUGGCUAGAUUUUUAUCCCCUUCUUGCUGAUGAAGACAAGCCCAUAGAGUGCACCCAACUGCCUGGGGAGACGAUUUUCGUUCCGAGCGGAUGGUGGCACUGUGUCCUAAAUCUUGAACCAUCUAUUGCUGUUACCCAGAACUUUGUAAAUUCUAAGAACUUUGAAUUUGUGUGCUUGGAUAUGGCACCUGGUUAUCGUCAUAAGGGAGUUUGCCGUGCUGGAUUACUUGCAGAUGAUGAAGGCAUCAUUGAGGAUUCCACUCACAUACCCUAUGAUAAAGAUGAUUAUAAUUCCUCAGAUAUGACUAGGAAAGUAAAAAGAGUCAGAACUCUCAAACCUGGAGAAUAUCCAAGUAGUGAAAGAACUAGUAAUGGUGCUCAGGGUUUUUCUUAUGAUGUAAAUUUCUUAGCCAUGUAUCUGGAUGAAGAGAGAGAUCAUUAUAACGCUCCUUGGAGCUCAGGCAAUUGCAUAGGGCAAAGAGAAAUGAGAGAAUGGUUAUUCAAGCUUUGGGUUGGAAAACCAGGAAUGAGAGACUUAAUCUGGAAGGGAGCAUGUCUUGCACUAAAUGCGGGCAAAUGGUCAAAAUCCCUGGCAGAAAUUUGUGCCUUCCACAAAUUGCCUUCUCCGACAGAUGAUGAGAGGCUUCCUGUUGGCACGGGUAGCAAUCCUGUUUAUCUCAUGAGCAAUUGUGUAAUCAAAAUAUUUGUUGAGGAAGGACUGGAAACGUCACUUUAUGGAUUAGGUGCUGAGCUUGAGUUCUACAGUCUCCUAGGCAACGUCAACUCCCCUCUGAAAAAUCACAUACCUGACAUUUUGGCAAGUGGAAUCAUUUAUCUUGAAAAUGGAACUUAUAAAAUUAUACCUUGGGAUGGCAAGAGAGUUCCUGAUGUGAUUGCUAAGUGCAAUUUUAUUCCAGAGAAGGUCAAAGAAGAUGUUUCUCCUUUUGGUGUAUGGAGGAAGAAACAAUAUGAGUAUAGAAAAGCUGGGCUGUCAACAGACAAAUCCAUCAAUUCAGUUGAAUAUACAAGGAUAUGGCCAUAUCUCAUAACGAAACGGUGCAAAGGGAAAAUAUAUGCAGAGUUAAGAGAUGCUGUAUCACGAGAAGAUGAACUAAACUUAGCUUCCUUCCUGGGAGAGCAGCUCCGUAACCUCCAUCUGUUGCCCCCUCCACCUCUUAAUAUCUCAACUUCCUCAGAUAUUGAGCAGGAAUCAGAUCGACCCUUCACCAACGGUAGUGUGGAAGCUGUUCCCGAUCAAUCAGACAUUCCUGCUGAAUGGGAUAUGUUCAUUAGAACACUGUCCAAGAAGAAGAACGAUGUCUCAAGUCGCUUGAUCAAAUGGGGAGAUCCAAUUCCUAGCACACUCAUAGAGAUAGUCCACAAAUACAUCCCAGAUGAUUUUGCCAAGUUUCUCUACAUAUUCAAGGAUGAAAAUGGCAGAAGCAAAGUUAGUAAAAGUUGUUCGUGGAUACACUCUGAUAUCAUGGACGACAACAUUCACAUGGAACCAUGUGGUGUUAAUUCUUGCUUCAUUGGCAACGCCAAAACCACUUGCCUGGUAAAGAAUGGUUCCUUGAAUGUAGAUGGUGACAGUGCACAAAGGAAAACAUGGUGCCCUAGUCACAUUCUUGAUUUCAGUAAUCUUUCUAUAGGUGAUCCUAUCUAUGAUUUGAUACCCUUAUACUUGGAUAUAUUCAGAGGUGAUCGCAACCUCCUUAAGAGAUUUUUAGAUAGUUAUAAACUUCCUUUUGUACGACAAGCAUCACCUAGUGACUAUAUUGACGGAGGCGACAAGUUUAAACGACUUUCCUACCAUGCCAUGUGCUACUGUAUUCUACAUGAAGAGAAUGUCCUGGGAGCAAUUUUUAGCCUUUGGGACGAGCUCAAGAUGGCAAAAUCAUGGGAAGAAGUUGAACAUGUAGUAUGGGGUGAGCUAAAUAACUACAAAGGCUUUCCUUCCUGGAUAGAGCCGGAUACUCCCCCAAUAUUGUAGUACUUUUGCAGAGCAGACGUUCGUUUGGACGUUCAUGUAGUAGUUUUUGUUUUUAUUUUUGGAAAAAAAGAUCAAUAUGUUGAUAAACUGCUCCAUGCAGGAUACAUUCAUUGCUCUCAAUCUGUCAAGUUAUCCGGCAUUUUUUUUUUCUUGAAUAAAAGGUUUUUAUCAUCAAUUCAAGCG